CAAACGAAUUGGUUUAAAAUUCAAGGUGACUAAUCGGUUUCAGAAAUAUAAUUGAAUAUGCACAUUAAAGGAAUCAAUUGUGUGUGUAUAAACAAGGAUUCGUUGUCUGCCCAUAAAAAAUAACUCUUACUUAGAUCAACCGGAUAGGGGAGGAUGUGUAAUCAUCGCAUCUGGCAGGAGUAGUUUUAAUCAAUUACGUACUUCUUCAUGCUGCUAUUUACGGUAGCCGCUUUCUGAAACACAUCGGUUGUGAAGGGUCAAGUGCGGUUAUAAUAGUGUGUACAUAUCUUCGUUAGAUCUACUAUUUGUUUUGCACGAGCCAACGGCCACAUCCUGCUUAUUUUUCUCCUGUUUACCGGAUAUUCGGCGGCACAAACAAAGGUUUCCUCGAACUAGUCAGAUGAAUACAAAUUACACACCUCCGUCCAGGAUGCAUGGAAAAACGAGAAGCCGGACAAUCUUUUGUGAAAAAGUGAAUACAGCCCGACUAGGAAAUAGCUAUUAGUGUUUGCACCGCCGGAAGUGAUCUUUAAUUGUCCAUCGUCACCGCUCCUGACUAAAUUGGUCUGAAUGCUAAGUGCAAAAUUAUCAUUCGACAAGUAACGUAGCCAUUCCUCUGAACAGUGAGUAAGGUUGGCCACUCGGGUAUAAUUGAUAUUUAUUGUUCAGCUGUUGGACGUUUUCCCAGCGAACUUUAAUGGAGUACAGUGUUUGAUUGUCUAUUAUGUAGAAGAUGUAUUAGCAGAAAAUUGCCCUAAGUGAACUUCACCGUACCGACACAUUCCAUGCUAAAAAGAAGUUCAAAGAACUGUUGAAACGACACAUGCCGGGAAAAUCUGUUCGAUGUUCAAAGCAUACCAAAGCAUAAGAAAAUUACGAACGUUGGAAAAGGUUAUUCCAGUGACUGUCGUCAACCGUCGCGUCGUGAUAUGUAACUUGUGCCUCCCAGUGAUACCGCUGCUGCCCAAACUUCGUAUACUGAGACACACACUCAUCUAGAUGAUUAGCAAGUUCGGAGUAGAAGGGAGACAAGCCAAAUCUUAUUUCGUUGCAAAAUUGAACCUUGGUGAACAAUGAACACCACAUCGCCUAAAUCAUCGCUGGUGAGGCUGGGACUGCAUUCCAAGACAAAGCCCUUCCGUGUGAUGGUACUGGGCCAGAGCGGUGUCGGAAAGACGGCAAUGGUUGUACGGUUCAUAACGAAGCGUUUCAUCGGCGAGUACGACCCAAACCUUGAGAAAGUGUACACGUUUCACACUCUGGUGGAUAACGAGGUGGUGCAGUUUGAAAUCCUGGAUGCCGCAGGUCAACCGAAUGAAGCCGAUUGCAUGACCCUAGAAGCAAACAUCCGAUGGGCGGAGGCGUUCAUACUUAUGUAUUCGGUCGCGGACAAGUGCAGCUUCGAUGAGUGCAAUCGGUUGAAGUUUCUAAUCAAUUACAAUAAGCGAAGACGUCGAUUAGGAUCGUACAGUAAGGACACUCUUCUGGAUGUGCCGGUAAUUUUGGUCGGAAACAAGAUCGACCAGAUCGGCGACCGCAUGGUGUCCACCGAGGAGGGCCAACGCCGAGCAAAGGAGAUUUCCUGCGCCUGCUUCCACGAAAUUUCCGUCCGCGAAAGCAUAGACCAGGUGACGGGAGUCUUUCGGGAUGCGUGCCGCUUCUGGCGGGUCCUGAAUCGCUAUCCCAAGCUUAAACGCUCGACCAGCGACGUACACGAUCUGCAUUCGGAGGUCGAGCUGAUUCUUAGCCCGGACAGUGUUCACCCGUUUUGUAACUGUGAUCUUAGCCACCACGAGAAGCGACGAUCGAUUAUCAUUUUGGGGCGUCCAUGGACUGAAGAGGAACCAGACGAAACGGACGAGUCCGAGUCAAGUUGCUGCUCUUCGCAGAAGUCUGAUGUUGAAGAACCAUUCCGAGGUCGAGCGUCGACCGAUGGGACAUUGCUGUCCAGACCAAGACGUUGGCGAUUUGCUCCGCCGGGAUCUCUCAUGCCCCAUGUCAGUCGCGUCGAACGACGCAUGAGCAUUUCCAUGAGGGGUAGUAAUGCCAGCUAUUGAUUAAGUAUUUCAUAACUUCCAUGACAAUAUUGAGCUUUACAGACAGAAACUUCCAUGCGGUGGUUACUAACUGGAAGGUGAAUGCUUCAUACAGCUAUUUAUUUUUGUGGUGAAAAUGUUCAAUGAAAGGCCUACAUCACCGGAGAAAAAAACGGAACCUCAAAUAUACAUUCAUUUAAGCAAA